AUGCUCCAAGCCAGUAAGUCUCUUGAGCUAACGGUCGUUAGCCUCACCUACGAAAAUGACAUCGGCAUCCCAUUUAUCCUAAUGAGCAAGGCUCCCGGCCAUCCCCUUGCGAAGUACGACUGGCGAACACGUACCCAUGAACCUUCUGGACAGAGCAGUUCUGCGACGCUUCCACGUGUUUUGACGAACGAAGAGAAGAAGACCAUCAUGCGCCAGCUUGGAUGCUACGCUCGUCAGUUAUUCGGUCUCCGCUUUCCGACCAUUGGGUCGCUCUUCGAAGGCGACAAAGGUUAUUACGUCGACGAAUGUCUUUCUCCCGGGCACGUUCUGCAAGACCGGGAAACAAUUGAGGAUAUCCCGCGCGGUCCAUUUCAUCAGCAAGUAGACUAUUACUCCUCCCUCGCCGCAGCCCUUCAUCUUCAUGCCGAGCAGCUUCCAAUGGACCACCAUAUCCUUCGUGCGCCUAUUCCCGUCCCACAAGAAUACCCCAACUUCGCCAAGUACUACGCCGCCACUGAUCGCUGGAAUGACUUCGCGGCCCUUGGGGGAAUAGUGGAGUCUAGCAUGAAUCGAUUACAGUAUUGCCUCGCGAGCCAGCUCCUUCGGGACUCUAUCAUCCCCUGUAUGGUCCGUCCUGUCAGUCAAUCAGCUCCUGGCUUCCCCCUUCAUCACCACGACAUCAGCGUCCAGAAUCUGUUCGUAGACAAUGACCUGAACAUAACGUGUGUCAUCGACUGGGCAUUUUCCUCUACUGGCCCGCCGGCCCAACUUCUCACCACGCCAGGCCUACCACAUCCUAGGGACUUGGUGUUGGAUUUAUCCCUGGUAAGUGCCUUCCGCUUCGGCUUCGAAACUGAGAAUAGGAAGAUCGGUGGGUGUGUAAUCGAGCCCAACUUCUGGAUGGUCGGCCAGAUGGUCUCACGGUUCAUGCGCUUGGUGAAUCUGGAUGCAUUACAAGACUACAACCACCUGGAGGCACUCUGCACGCUUAACGGGGAACCUAGAACUCCUGGAGAAGACGGGGACGACACCAAUAGUCUGCCAGCUCUAUUGGAAGAACGAGAAACGAGACACGAUGCGCUCAUACUGGCCGGCAAGCUAGCAGAUGACGACGAGGAUGAAAGCGAGAUCCGUCGGCGGGAGCAGGAGUACUUCGGCGCAGUGGGCACUAAGAGACUCGCGUUAGCUCGUAAGGUGGCAGUUGCUGCCAAGAUGAACCCACGGUUUGUGGCAGAUAAGCGGCUGUGGCGCUGGGUUGAUGCAGUCACAGAGUAUUACGAUGGCGAGGUCUGA